CUACGAGUGGGACCCAUGGCGGCGACGGCGGCGGCGCAGCAGAAGACGGCCGCGGCGGAGCAGGAGGAGGUGGAGCACGGGCCCUUCCCCAUCGAGCAGCUGCAGGCUGCUGGAAUAGCUGCACUAGACGUGAAAAAGCUCAAAGAUGCCGGUAUGCAUACAGUGGAGUCUGUGGCUUACACUCCAAGGAAGGAUCUGUUGCAAAUCAAAGGAAUCAGUGAGGCCAAAGUUGACAAGAUAAUUGAAGCAGCAUCGAAGUUAGUUCCGCUUGGAUUUACAAGUGCCAGCCAACUUCAUGCACAGAGGCUGGAGAUUAUUCAAGUUACAACUGGAUCAAGGGAGCUUGAUAAGAUCUUGGAGGGGGGAAUAGAAACAGGAUCUAUCACAGAGUUAUAUGGUGAGUUCCGCUCAGGGAAGACUCAGUUGUGCCAUACCCUUUGUGUUACAUGUCAGCUUCCACUGGACCAAGGUGGUGGUGAAGGAAAGGCUCUCUACAUCGACGCGGAGGGAACAUUCAGACCACAGAGGCUCCUCCAGAUAGCAGACAGGUUUGGAUUAAAUGGUGCUGAUGUAUUAGAGAAUGUGGCUUAUGCCAGAGCUUAUAACACUGAUCAUCAAUCCAGACUUCUGCUGGAGGCAGCUUCCAUGAUGAUAGAAACCAGGUUUGCUCUAAUGAUUGUAGACAGUGCCACAGCUCUAUACAGAACUGAUUUCUCAGGUAGAGGGGAGCUAUCGGCGAGGCAGAUGCAUAUGGCUAAGUUUCUGAGGAGCCUUCAGAAGUUAGCAGAUGAGUUUGGAGUGGCUGUGGUUAUCACUAAUCAAGUGGUUGCACAAGUUGAUGGCUCUGCCAUGUUUGCUGGGCCGCAGAUCAAGCCAAUCGGUGGGAACAUCAUGGCCCAUGCUUCCACAACAAGGCUUGCUCUUCGCAAGGGAAGAGGGGAGGAGCGAAUCUGCAAGGUAAUAAGCUCUCCCUGCCUGGCUGAAGCUGAAGCGAGGUUUCAGUUAUCUUCUGAAGGCGUCGCAGAUGUCAAGGAUUGAGAUGAUCUCUGCUCACAUCAGGCAACAACAUUGUCUGGCGUGCCGCUCCAUGGCCUGCUGCUCGCUUGGUCAGCACUGCAGAGCAGAGGAUUGAUACUGAAUAGGGGUUGCUCCUCCUUUCCUGUGCAACCACUUGUUUCAUAAAUAGGGGGGAUGCACAUUCAUGAGGUUGUAGAGUAUCAGUGAAGAGGUGUACAUAAGAAGAUGAUGUCUCCUGCAUUGCAUGUAAUGUAACAUUUGCUACAAAAAUACUGAUCAAUCCUAGUUGUGCUUUUUCCUCAAAAA